AUGGAUCAACACGACGACUUUGACAGCGUCUCCUGGAAGCAUGAUCCAGACAGCGAUGUCUCCCGACCUACAACGUCGGGCACAGACGCAGAGGAAGCGCAAAGGUAUGACCAGGAUACCAAUGGCAAGCGAAGGAUGAGCUCCGCACACGACGAACCCCAGGCCGGCUCGCUGGCCGAUGCUGUGGACCUGGCUGGUAUUGGUGACGGUGUGCUGGAGUGCCGUGUCGACAAGCCACUAAAAGAGGGCGACGGCACGAAAGAUGCGUAUAUCUCUUAUUUGGUUUCCACACAUACCGAUUUCAAAUCUUUUCAGAAGCCCGAUUUCUACGUCAGGCGGCGAUUUACCGAUUUCUAUUUUCUGUACAAGACGCUCUAUCGCGAAUACCCAGCAUGCGCUGUGCCGCCGCUGCCUGAUAAGCACAAGAUGGAGUACGUGCGAGGAGACCGGUUUGGGCCGGAAUUCACAUCACGGCGUGCAUGGUCGCUGCACCGAUUCCUCAAACGUCUCACCUUACACCCGGUGCUCCGACGAGCUCCGCUGCUCAUCAUCUUCCUCGAAUCGCCAGAGUGGAAUGCGCAUAUGCGGUUGCACUCGACCCGUACCUCAACGAAUGCUACCUCGGAUAAUGCAUCGACCGGAAUUUUUGAUAACUUCACCGAUACAUUUGUUAAUGCUUUCACCAAGGUGCACAAGCCCGAUAAACGCUUUAUCGAGGUGAAGGAGAAGGCGGAUAAGCUAGACGAGGACCUUUCGCAUGUGGAGAAGAUCGUGGCGCGGGUUGCGCGGCGUGAGUCUGAUCUGGAGACAGACUAUACCGAGCUCGCGACCCAGUUCCGCAAAUUGGUUCCUCUUGAACAGGCGGUUGAGAUGCCAUUGCAAGUGUUCGCAGCCUCGGUGGAGGAGACGGCGCGCGGGAUGCAUGGCUUGAAGGACCACACCGAUCAAAAUUACUUGGGCUCACUGCGCGAUAUGGAGGCGUACAUCUUGUCCCUCAAAUCUCUCUUGAGGACCCGCGAACAGAAGCAGCUCGACUUCGAGGCCCUGGUGGACUACCGUAACAAAGCCGUCGCUGAGCGCGACUCUCUCGCCGCCAACCCGGCCGCUUACUAUGCAUCCAACCCACUCACUUCCUCCCCGGCAUCUUUCAUCCGCUCUAAAAUGGAAGAUAUGCGCGGCGUUGACCACGAGCAGUCGCGUCGCGAACGUGUACGCAAGCUUGAACUUCGUAUUGACGAACUCACCCGCGAGGUCGAGUCCGCCAAAACCACUUCAGAAAUGUUUGAUGAGGAAGUCGUCCGUGAAGUAGCUGAUUUCGAGCGCAUUAAGGCUGUCGAGUUUCGUGAUUCCCUUGGCUCCCUUGCCGAGUCUCACAUCGAGUUCUACCAAGGUGUGCUCUCUACUUGGGAACGGUUCAUUGCGGAAAUGGAAGGCGAUUCUGACAUUGGUCUCGAAGCUGAUCCAACAGCUUACGGGGCCAAGUAA